AUGGCUCCCCCUAAGGCUCAGACAGACAAAAAAGCCCCAAAGAACAUCGCUGCUGCAAAGGUCGAUGCCAAAGCCACCAUGAAAAGUAGCAUGAAGGCCAAAGCAAGUGAUGGAAGUACCUUGGCAGGCCCUGUGACACGUAGCAAGUCCCAGGCAAUCACGUCAUCCAAACAUCAGCAAGACUUGGUGAAAACCACUCCUGCAAAGCCGGCAAACGUAAAAACCCAACAUGUCAAGAACCUUGACGUUGUUCCAAAGGAGAUUCCGCUACCAGAUUUACCUCAUUCUGUUUAUGAUGCUCACUCUAGUGUCGGUUCACCCCCAGAGUCACCACGUCAGAUUUCGGAGCAAUCAAUCACUCCAAGGAACACCUUUGGUGAAUCACCAGUACAAUCCGGGCAUCUUACAUCUUCCACAACACCGCCAACGGGGAAUCAUACAACUUUCACCCCACCACCGUCUGGGAAUCUUACAUCUUCCACAACAAUGCCAACGGGGAAUCCUAAUUCUACCGCACAAGGUACUCACAUGAAGGACCCCAAACAGACGCUGAUGACAGAAUAG